AUGGCGGACACAUAUAAACAGUGGUCGGUGCAACGUCUAAAAUGCGAGCUUGCUCAAAGAGGUGCCGCAUGUGGGGGAAGGAAGAUCAAUCUGAUCGAAAGAAAUAAGAAUUUCAGAGAAGAUGCCAUCAUAAUUCCAGAGCCAUUAGAUGUAUUCUGGCCUAUAACUGGCUUCCAGCAACUCAGACCAGAACACAGGAAGUCAAUGCCACAGUUAGCAUAUCACCAGAUUGAACAAUACUUUCUGUAUAGAAUGGCAGAAGACAAACAGAUGACAUCUGACCUUAAAGCCUUGGAAAAGGGCAAGGACCUUCUAAAUGGAGAGAGAAUUUUUGCAUGCAGCAUGUCAUCAGAUGAUGCACAUAUUUAUUUAUCUGGAAUAGUGGGUGCAGCAAUGAAACAAAAGUUAUCCUACAAUUUUAAAAUUGGAAUUGACAAAAGAAUAGGAGAUCCUCUGAAUUCCCAUUGUGAAUGCCCUGCAGGCAAGGGGCCUCAUGGAACAUGUAAGCAUGUUGCUGCUGUUUUUCUUAUGUCCUCUGCCAACAUAUCAUUGAGAUAUUUAACUCCUUCAACCAGUCUUCAGGUUGCAAGUAGAGACCAUGAUUACCUUCAACAACCUAUAACAGAGCAUCUUGUUGACAAAGCAAUUGCUGUGUCUCCAAAAGAUGCCAAGGACAUAGAGAAAUCUACAAGGAUGCAAGCCAAGAGUAAAACCUGGUUUGAUGAAAGAAAAUGGCGAAUUACUGCCUCACGUUUCGGUGACAUUGUAAAAAUGACUUGCAGCAGACACUAG